CCUUCACUUGGCAACAGCUGAGGUCAGCCGGAGCCCAGGACCAGGUGAACAGCCGGGAGUCGGUGCAGGAAUCCUCUCAAUGUGCCGCUCCAGCAGAAUGGUGAUGAGGAUAAGAGCGCUGCCAAGUCAUGGAUAGAGCGCCACGAUGACACAUGAAACCCUCACAAGCUCCCAGCUGUCCGUCAGGGCGGCUGCCCUGCGCAUGGUCGACCUCCCUCUGUCCGUGUACAGCUCUCUGGCUCAGGUGAGUGUCAGCACAGGCACCAAGAAGUUGGUGGCAGCCACGGCCUUUGGUGCCAUCUCGCUCCUCUUCCUCGCCCGCCGCUUCCAGCGGAGGAAGGGAAGGAAGAAUGCUCAGUGGGAGCCGGCUGCCUUCGAGAUUAUCUCUCCGGCUUCAGGAGGAAACGAUAACACCGGUCACAACAUCACACUCUCCCUCAACUCCAAGAAUGGCUACACCUCUGGUCUCCUCCAUGCAGGAGACUACAGGAAACUGUCCGGGUCCCUGCUGAGCCUGGCCUCGGUGAAAAGCGUGAACUCGUCCAGCAGCAGCACCUGUGCAAAUGGAUCCACCUGCUGGGACCAAGAGGCGGAAGCGGAUACCUGCAGUGUGGUCAACCUACCGGUCACCACACCUGAAAACCUGUACCUCAUGGGGAUGGAUUUAUUUGAAGAGGCGCUCCGGCGGUGGGAGGAAGCGCUGACGUUCAGGAGCCGGCAGAGCGAGGACGACGUCAGUUGCGCGUCCGUCAAAACGGGAGCCGGCGACGCCAUCGCCGAGCAGAGCAUGGAGGACGUCCUCAGUGCAGAGUUCAUGCACAGGCUGAAGUCUCUGCUGCAGCGGGCGUACAGCCUCCAGGAGGAGUUCGAGGGCGUGUUGUGCGUGUCGGAGCCCUCGUCCCACGGCGACAGCCAGGAUAAAACGACAGACAUUUUGUCCAGAGAGGAGCUGGACGACGCCGGCGUGCGAGACAGCAUCAGCAUCGCCUCCACGGACUCCUUUGUGUCCGCUGCGGAGCUGACGGAGUACCGGGAGCUGAGGAGCGUCUUCGCUCUGGGUCAUCACCUGUUCUACGAGGAGGCCCUGCAGAUGGCCGAGGAUGGAAAGAUCUCCUGCAGGGUGCUGCGGACUGAGAUGCUCGAGUGUCUCGGGGACAUCGACUUCCUGGCCAAGUUGCACUGCGUGCGGCAGGCGUGUCAGCUCAUUUUGUGCGAGACAACCACCCGGAUGUUUCUUGCCGACACGGGAAAGAAAAUCCUGUCUUCCAUUAUUGUGAAAGCGCAGAAGAGCCCAAACCGAUUCGAGGAAGUGUUUGAGGAGAUGAUUUCCUUCCUGGAGCACACGGAGCACUGGGAGAACACCGAGGUGGAGCUGGCCACGCGAGGGGUGAAGCACUUGAACUUCUAUGACAUUGUGCUGGACUUCAUCCUGAUGGACUCGUUCGAAGACCUGGAGAAUCCACCGGUCUCCAUUCAGAACGUGAUCAACAACCGCUGGCUCAACGCGUCCUUCAAGGAGACGGCGGUGGCAUCCAGCUGUUGGUCAGUGAUGAAGCAGAGGAGACAGCACAUGAAGGUGUCCGACGGCUUCAUCGCUCAUUUCUACGCCGUGUGUGAGCAGAUCAGCCCCGUCCUGGCCUGGGGCUUCCUGGGGCCCAAGAGCUCCCUGCAUGACUUCUGCUGCUCCUUCAAGGUCGGUCCGAUAGACGCGCUUAGCACCUUGCUUUCGAUAGGAUCUUCACUUGUGUUGCUUUCUGCCCUCUCAAUGGCCUACCUGGGAGCCGACUCCCUGCAGCAAGUCAACGGCUGCAGCGCCCAGCAGGUGCAGCUGGUGCCCAGCGGCGAGCUGGAGGCCCGAGUGCAAUGAGGCGGGGAACCUGCAUCCGGACGGACCCGGGUCAUCGCAGCACACACACACACACACACACAAACACACACACACAAUGGUUCUUCUUGGGUGAGGUGAAUUUGCACCGUCACUUUAUUUUCCAUAAAUCUGCUCAUUCAAGGCCCUAAAUGUAAAACCAGACUUCACCUUGGUGCGACACAUCACAGCUCCCGUUGUUUGAGGAUCAAUUGUACCAGCUUGCCUUCACAUGUGAUCAUUAUCUCCAGUGCGGCUCCUCCUCCUCAGCCAUGUUUCACCGUGCACGUUAGUUUUAAAAUACAGCAAUACUAUUUAAACCUGCUGAGACAUUUCAGUAAUUAUCUUGCAAUAAGUUAAUAUUACGCUGUGACACUUGUUAUUGCUAUUAAGAGCAGUUUGUGUGGCAAGGAUAUUUUAGUAUUUAUUUUUAUUAUAAAGUGUCGAUUUAUUUUUUAGAAGCUGUAGAUGUGCCUGUAUGCAUUUAUGAUCAGCUUCAAACGCAGUAGUGGGAAUACCAGUGUUGUAAUUAAAACUAUCGUAGAGGUUUAUUGGAUACAUUUCCACAGCAUACUGAAAAUCAACAAUGCAAAACCAGUAAAUACGCUUUGUUUGCGCUGCAGGGAAUCAUUGGUCAACUAGACGAGGUGUAAUACACGUCUAAUGUGUUGGAGUUAUUGCACGGUGUUGCUUAAAAGCUGUUUUCUUUGCACCAGGAUUCACAACCCGUCAUGCACUAUUUAAAUAAAGCCCUCUAAUCCCGUCAGCUACAGGAUAUGAAAGAUUACACAUCCUACAGUUGUUCAACACUUACAUGGAAGAAGCCUUAUUAAUGCACAUAUUCAAGCCUCGUCUUCAUCACUGAAUGUAAGUCUUAAAUAUAUUGUCGUCUGCUCUGAUCAGUCACUGCCAUGUACAGAACAUGCGCAAUUUAAACGCUUAGAGCAGCCGGGACUGCAGGAAUAAACCUGCAGUUGGAGUUCGUGUUCCAGAAAUACCAGAUACAUAAUGUGAGUGAAGUCGUGUGCAGUGUUUUCCACUUUGAAAGAUCGGUUCAUCUUUAACACCCACAUGUGUACUUUUCUGGAGUUACUGGUCACUCCUAAUUUGAGGCUCCAGUUGGUCAUCAGGUUAAUCUGUGUCCAGAGAGUUUCAUCUGGAGCCCCAAGUCUCCGGCUUCCAGCCGCUUGCAUGUGGAUGUGUUGUCCCGUCUUGAGCUGUAAGAGCCACGGGUUGUCUGUUUCUCCUGAUCAGCGCCUCAUGAAAGCUCCUCAGCCAGUAUGGACAGGAACGGUGGAGCAGUUUCAAUGCACAUUUUCACCAUGAUGAUAUUGAUGUGAUUGUACUUAAGAUGGUUGUCCAAAAAACUGUACCGUUUUGUUUUUAUCAAAUAAAGCAAAAAUACUG